UGAUUCGAGGAGAAAGGACAAGGAAGCCGUGACUUACAUCACACGGUAAAAUAUUACAGCGGUAUCUUCGACGAGAUGACAUGCUUUGAUUAGAAUUCUUUUGCUACAAGCUUCAAAUCAAAGGUAUCGCUUAUCACUCGCCAGUCAGCUUUGAUAGCAUUUGUUACUGUCUCGUGUUGUGAAAGUAACGCUGCCGAUAUUGAACUAAACCGGGCCGAAUGUAAACGAAACUAGAACCGAAAAGCUCGUACGAAGUUUCCGGGUUCGCAAAUGACCGCGGAUCCGAUAGCAAACCCGACGCUGACAAAAGCAAUAACGCUGAAGGGAAAUGGAAGCAGACUUAACAUGUUUUCUGAAGAAGAGAAGGCUAUUACUCAUGAGAGUAAACAAGACGUGAAUAAAUUGAUCAAUUUGAGCUUAGUUUUGAUGAACAGUGUCGAAGAAAUCCCAGAUGAAGAUGCUACUGCGUACCGCGGAAGUACGCGGACACCAGAAGAGGACACACUACCCAUUGAAAGGUUGGUGUAUUAGACUCUGGCCUCGACAUUGCAUGAUAACGAAAUAGAGGUUUUAAUGACAUCUUCGUCAUUUCUCGAGAGUCUGGUUUACCAAACAACCUGUGUCUUUUCCAGCGCUGCAACGAUUCAGUGUGCACUCUUACAAUCUCAGCAAAACAUCAAGCUUAAAGCGAAGCUAGCUUGAUAUCAGUUAAUUAAUUAAAUAUUUUUGCCCCGCGUUUUGCGUUGUGUUACAAAAAUCCAAGUUGACUUCGUGCAACUAUGAACAAAAUAACGUUUGACUAUUCAACUAUAGCAGACGGUCCCUAAACCACGUAAACAAGUGCAUGGCGUGAAAAUAUUCAAUUAAAUGCUUCGAAUAGUGAUUAUUAGCUCGCGCGUAAAUAAUAAAACAGAUUGAUUCGGUACAUCGUAUGUCUAGGGUUUACUAGUCAACAUUCAUGAAGUAAUUUCGAAAAUCUGUACUACAAAAUAUCUUAUAGAGGGAAAAAUGAGAACAAAUAGCAUCUACAUCAUUUUCACCUUAAUUUCGCUUUCGUUGCCUUUCAUGCAGUCCAUAAGCUGUGUUUGUGACCAAGUGAAGUCACAAAAUUCGGCCCGAUCGCCGGUCUUACAGACCUUCAAGUGUUUUCCUACGUUUUUGCACCCGAUCUGUUCACCAAAGGAAUUGUGAACUAUUCCCCUGAAAGCCCAAAGCGUGCUGCAGCCGUUGCCCUUGGCUAGUCUGCGACGUGAUGUUUACUUGCUGUCGUUGUUUCUGUUUUGUUUUUUUAUAUAUAUAUAUAUCCAGUGCGCAAGGUUUUGACGACUGGUGGAACCAUUCCUCAGUUCGGCUGUACCAAACAGAUGAAGAGGAACAGCUUCCUUAUUGGCUCGACUAUACCGAGCACAUAGACAGUAAUGUUUACAACAAUGAAGUUAACGACCCUUUUGGCUCAUUAAAAUUCAAAACUGUCGUCUCAGAUCAUGACAGCGAUCAGUUGAAUUCCCCUUAUGGUCACGAACAUGGUGAGGUCAACAUAACAACUAAGACAGACCAGAGAAUACAAAGUUUGAAGGCUUUGCUAGCGGAGCAAGAGAAGACAAUUAGCCGGCUGAGGAGUGAAACCAUUACGAGGCUUCCCGAGUCAAAAGAAGUUCUUAGGAUAUUAACACAAGAGCAGUCCGACUGUGGUCAAAAUGAGAGGAAUAUGCCAAUUACUCAAACUUGUCACUCAUAUGAAACAAAGAAUCAUUUUUGCCAAGAUCUCAGAAGCGCAAAUCGUAAACGAAUAGGCCCAGAAGAUACAGGUUUGUCGAACUCAAAGCGAUAUCGCUACAAUCUUAGAAAAGAUGUUCCACGGCAAUUUAGAACUAAUUUUGAAAAGAAAACCGGCAAAGUAAAAAGGUUUCCCAAACACGAUUUUAUGACUGAGUGCUUCCACUUUCCAGACGUAAGAAAAGAUGACCUCACGCAAGAGGAGUUCUUGUCUUCUCUUGGACUUUUAAGGAGCACCAAUAAGUUAAGUGGAACUAGUUGAUUUAAUGGCAAGGAUGAAAAGUCUUUCUAAUUUCGAGUACCAGUGCAAGGAUUCAGGAUAAUUUAAUUCUGUAGCAGCCCACACCUCGGAAGGAAAUGGUAUCUAAGGGCAAUCCUGACAGAAACCAGGCAAAAUAAGUGGGGGACAAAGGGAAAAGAACGGGAAGAAACUAAGUUUUGUUUCCUUGCAACAAAGCAACAGUUAAAAUAAUUCAUAGGAAAACCGAAUGUCAUAAUUCGAGAUGCGUGACAUCUUCAAUUCCAGAUCGAUGGUCGCAGCCUCGCAACAAUCUCACUGGAAAGCAACCUUU